CACAAAAAGCAGAUAAAAUGGAAAACAAAUUAGCUUUUGCCAAAGACCUCAUCAAAUCUUCAUCAGUUCCAGACUUGACUGUUGACUUGGACAACACUCCCAUAGACUCUGAGAAUUUCGAUGAAUAUCGAAAGUUACUCGAAGUUCAACUUCCAUUGCUUUUUGACUUUAUCCACCAAAACGAGGAACUUCUCUUGGCCAAAGAUUACAAUGAGGAUGUUCUAGAGAUUAAAGGACGACUUCUUAUGCUCACAACAGAAAUAACAGCGCACAAUACGAUGUACAAAAUUCGAAAUGAACAAUUUCUUCGGGUUUUUGAUGAAUUUAUAGAGAAGAACUUUUACAAAAUUCUCGACAAAGAGGUGGAGGAGUAUGUACUUAAGCAUUAUACGCAGUACUUAAAGGCAGACGUCUGGAAACGUCACAUAGGAACUGUUCAUGGUUUUGGCAGGUUCCUUGAGUUAAAAGUUUCCAACGGAUGUAAACUGCCAAUUAAAUGGGUGAAUUUUUCACUUUCUGUUGGUCUGACGCUGCGGGAGUGUCAUUUGCCAGUUUACAAGGAACUCAGCACGAGUAUAUUCCAAACAAUCAUUAGUCAUUCCGAUUCAAAAGAAAUCAAAGAACUCAACAUACCUGAGGUAAUCUUCGAGGCAGUGCUCAAAUCAGUUCGAACUGUUGAUUCAGUUGAUGGAACAAACGACAUUUGGAAAUGUCUUUGCGAUUGUUUGGAUUUUAAAGACGACAUUGACUCAUAUGAGUGGGACAUGACGGAUGAAAUGAUGGAAAACCUUUUAGGCAGUUUGAAGAAUUCCUCCAAUAAUGACGUCGUCAUAUGCCUGCUUUCUUUUAUCCCAAAAAUUAUUAACCGUUUCACACUUAAUCGCAAAGAAAUUGAAGAAUUUCUAGCUCGAGAUUAUGAUUCACUUUCGGGGAAAGACUUUCAACAAUUCCGCUUGGAAUGCAGUAAAAUCAAUUCGUGUGCCCCACAUCGCUGGGCGUUGUAUAUAUUGAAAUUGUUUCUAGCUGAAUCACAUAAAUUCCUGGGAAGUGUAACUAUUUGUGAAAAAAUGCUUCAGAGGUUCCAUAUUUGCUAUCUCACUUGUUUGUAUUCAAUAAGCGUGGAAAUAAUGAAUAUAAAUUUGUUGAAAUUUUUCGAAAAGUUCUCCACUAUUCUAAUGGAAGCGAUUGCGGCACAAAAAGAAACACCAAGGAUAAGAGAACUCGUUCAACAAAUCUACCAGACUUUUGUGUGUCAUUUGGAAGCUUCCGGUUUGGAAGGUGUCCUUAAGGAUUUUCAACCUUAUCACAAAGCAUUUAAACAAUUUAUUGAUGAACCGUUUUAGUCGUUUUAUUUUUGUAUAUACAAUAAAAUAGAAGUCUAAAGUUA